AUGGCGGCAGCGGCCGAUCAAGAGGCCUCGGCCACCAUCGUCGAGUUCCUCCAGGCAGCCACGGAGGUGUACAAAGUCAUGAUGCACGUCCGACAGCAUCCAGGCCCUUCGGGGACGAUGAUGGAAAACCUCUUACCGCGACUCGUCAACGCGACGAAUGCUCUUCUUGUUCCGGCUGCAGACACGCCCGACGGCGGGUUUGUGCUGGCCGAUGCGUGCCGCAAAGUUGGCUUGGACCUCUCCUUGAAGUUGCAUCGUUUCCACGAUGCUCUUCAUGUUCAUGGAGGUGAUUCCUCGACUCGCAGUCUCUGGUCGAGCCAGGACAUAGAUGCGUUGGCCAUCCGGCUGCACGACCUUGCCGUUCGCCAUGCGGACAAUGCAGAUCUGACCACGUGCAUCAACCUACCGCAAAUGAGCAUUUGUCUCUUCGUUGAUGGCCUUGAAGAAUUUGACGGCGAUCACCUUGCCCUCACCCACUUCUUCAAGAACAUUGGCCUCGGCGAGCAUGGAAAAGGUGUAAAAAUAUGUCCUUCAUCUCGUCAAUGGGCCGUCUUUGCCGACGCCUUUACGGAUGUGGUGCCGCAACUGGGGCUGCAGGAUCUCACAUACAGCGACAUGCAUGGCUAUGUGCGGCACAGGCUGCGGGCAAACUCAGACAUCGGACGUCUGCUUGAGCGAAAGCCUGAGGCGGGUGACAUGCUCAUCAAAGUCGCCGUCGAACGGUCAGAUGGCGUAUUUCUGUGGCUAAGGCUUGCAGUGGACACCAUGAUGGACGAUUUUAACUCUCUCUUGGGGAUAUCUAAUCUGUUCGCCAACCUGGAACGGCUGCCCUCCCAUCUUGAUGGCCUCUUUGCCCACCUUUUGUUCGAGGGCCUGACGGCUGAGCAACUUUCGGUAACGGCAACCAUCUUCCGAUUGAUCAGGGCCCGAGAGGUCGUCGCGGACUUUCUCGGUAAUUAUUCUGCCAAUUCUCCAACUGUCUGGGAGCUUGCCUUUUGUCUUGAGGAGGAUGACGAUGAUCUGGCGCUGAGUCUGGUCGUUGAAAAAGUCAGCGACGACUACCGGCCCCUCGAGGAGGUCGAGCAUCAUCGUCGCUUGGACGAGUGGUGGCCCGACAUCACUCUCGCCGUGACCCACGCACGACACAUCGUCAUUGACGUCAAGAGCCUUCAACUGCCGCUUUUAAGUGAGCUCGACAAGACUCUGAGCUGGUUGUGGAUGUGCAAGCCUCAGGACAGGUACGACCACUGGGCUAGAAGCGCCUUUGGCGCGUACGAGGUGCGUGUGAAGGCACCGCCCAUCUGUCAGCCGUUUCUGUGCCUCGCUUCCAAGUUCGGAUUGAUCAAGUACGUUUCUGAAGAAGUCAUCGACACUUGCGCGAAGGAACACCAGAGCAAGGAGUCGUGCGGCAACAACUCGGCGGCGCACAAUGGUCCGACUCCCCUCCUCGCGUACGCAGUCGAGUUUCUGUGCUCUCGCAACAGGACCAUUUACCCACUCUCAAACCCUACGCUUUUCAAGGUGUUGUUGGAGCACCCGUCGCAUAUGAACUCGGGAGCGAACCACGAAUACGUUGACUUUACGACGCGAGCCCCCACAACGCCAUGGCUGACACUUCUGCGUCAUCUGUGUGAUGCGCGUCGCAGGCAAUGGAUAGCCUAUUACGACAUUGACCCUCUAGGAACGGCGCGCUGGAUGGAGAUUGUGAGACUGUUCGUCGAGGUUGGAGCCGCCCAUCCGCACGCCGUUGUUGCUUCGGACGCUUGGGAUCCCGAGAUUUCGGCACUAGACGUCCUGCAAUUGUUGGACCAGACAUACGGUGCUGUUGAAAUACCUAAACUGAAAGAGGGGUUGCGCCAAAAACUCAAUGCUUCUCCAGAAUAUCCUUUGAGCAUUGACAUGAUGCAUGGCUAG